AAGAUGCACAAGUUCAUUUUUUGGUCUGCAGAAGAAACUACUUUGUUUGUCACACUGUUUUGUGUUUCAGAGUCUCAAAGGAAUAAGAACACGCUUGAUGUAACUAGAGAAAAUGAAACAUAACUGGAUCAUGAGUAAACAAAACUACUUUUACACAGGCAACCCGAUACUGAUCAGGAUUUUUUAGAAGCUUUUGAAAGUCCAUCAAACACUUCAAAGACGUGUUUACAAGGAGGCGAACUUAAAAAGGAGGUGGACGAUACAUUCACUCAAAGCGCAAUGGCAAAUCUAAUCAUCAGUUUAAUGUCGUGUGGCGCCUUGAUCAACGACGGAAAUCUGAAAGGAACUGUUUUUCGGGUUGGUUCUAAAUAUGUGAUGACGGCGUAUCAUGUGAUAAAAGACAUUAAACAUUUAAUAGAAGCUGCAUGUGGGGACAUAUUUGUGAAUUUCGAGGAAUCUGUAUGUAAUGUUUCCUGCGAAACGUACCGGGUGAACAUUGAAUUCUACUCUGAAGAAGCAGAUAUAGCAAUUCUAGUGUUACAUGUUGCGAACUUGGAGAAACUCCCAAAACCAUUAUUGCUGUGGCCUAAAAAUGUAGAUUUCCUAAAAAUAAGAAACAUUUCUGUUAUUGGUUAUGGACAUGCAGACAGUCCAUACAAGAAGCAUUUGGAAAAAUGUCAAAUUCUAACAGAUCCAUUAACGGAAGAAAGAGUGACUGCAGCUAAGGAUUGUCUGCAGAAAAAGAAAGACGAAUUCAUUCAAGAUAUAAUAUCGAAUCGUAAAGAUCAUACAUCUGUUGAAAGAGAAUAUGCAGAGUAUAAUAAUAGUAAUAUAAUAAAAUUCGACUGCUAUAUGGCAAAAAGGUUAUCCGGAGGCUCAAUUUUAACAAAUGAACAUGAGACUCCUAGAGUUAUUGGCAUGGUUAUAGGAAUGCGACCCGAGUUGUUCUAUAAUAUAUCCCCUAAUAAGCAAACCUCAUUUCCAAAGGAAUUUAUGUUUGAAUUUGGUGUAAAAAUGCAUAUAGUGUAUGAACAACUCCGUUCAGUUAAUCCUGCUCUUGCACAGGACAUUUUUUCCACCUGAUACAACAUCGUCAAAUGAACAACUCUACCCAUAAAACAUAGCGUCAUUGAAUCUCAUUUUGGGAUUACUUAUUCAAUAAACUAAUAUAAUACAGGAGAUGCUCUCCACAGUUUUGUUGUUUACUCAAACUAUUAAAAGUAUGCAAAUAAGCAUUAAAUGAUAUAUUGACUAACUACAUAACGUGCAAUAAUAUAAGUGUUAGGAGAACACUUACAAAAUAAAAUUUAAUAUUUGAAAUUGUUAAAAAUAUAAGUUUUAUCAUGCUUUUUUAACCAAUUAAAGACACACACAUAAACACUUAAACUAUUUUUGACUUUGUUAAAUACAUGUAUACAAAACUUGGCUAACAAACUGAUAAAGCAAACUUUAUUUUAACAACACUAAGCGUGAAUACCUAAAAGUGUUCUUUUAACUUAUGGUGUUUGUGCACGAUAUUAAAAUUGCAAACGUAAACUAUUAUCCAUUCCUGAACAACAGGAGCUCCACCUAAUUGCCAGAGGCUACUGGUCGAUUUCUCACACGCCCACAAUUUGCUGGAACUCGAGCAAAUACUUGUUCUGAUUGGAGAAAUAUUCCCUAGCCUUCAUGAGAAACUACGUCAUUUCCAUGAGACAGGGGUGUUUACACGUUUUUAUAACCAUGGGAUGACACACAAAGUAUUAGAACUGGUUAACAUACAGCUUUAGUGCAAUUCAGAAAAUGUUUAUUUUGUAACGAUUUUCACAGCUAUUCUGUGAUUUUUCAUUUUACAGUACCUAUUUUGUGUUAUUCUUUUCUCUUUUAUUGUCAAUGAAUUGUGAAUGAAAUUAUAGGUAACAAGUAUGACAUGUUUUGUAUGGUCAAAAUUUGAACAAAAUUUGUCCACAAAAAAGCAAUAAAUACCGAAAA